UUAUUUGUUAAAUCAAUUUGUAACUAUCAGUUGUUAGCAAGAUACACCCAUCAACAGUAGGUACCUACUCCUAAGUCCUCGCUAGAGUAAAUGUGUAGUGCCUAAGUUUCUGCUUAAUACCUAAUCACCAGAUUUAAAUUAAAAAUGAAACUUCCUGAAAGCAUAAACGUUAAUACUUACUUGGCUUAUACGGCACCAGAUAAUUUAGAAUCUGACAGAAAAAUUAAGGGAGAAGAUUUUAACUGGGACGCCAAUCACCCAAAAACUUUGGUUUCAUUGUGUAUCGAAAAGUUGAGUGAGGAUUGGAAAGGCUCACCGAAUUUACAAGAAUUAAUUUCAAAAGACCGUGAAUUUUUCUUACAAACUUUGAACACAGAAGUGCCUUUGCAAAUAUUAGUGGAUAAUAUUUCUAGCGACAUAUUUUGGAAGAGGUGUUAUAAAUCAAAAUGGCUCGAUUCACCAGUUGUAAAUGAUGAAAAAAAGUGGAUAAAUGUUUUCAUGGGACGAUACUACGCCGAAUACUUAGAAAAUUUAAAUCCACGCCAAUAUGACCCGGAAAAGAUAACAACCUUAGUCAAAUUGUGUGGACCCUAUAUCCAGUCACUACAUAUCCGGAGCUUAAUCCCUUCUGAUUUACCAAUGCAAAGAAUCGUCUCUCCUGAAAUGGCUGAUUUGGUUACUAGCCAAAAUUCGAAUGACAAAAAGGUUCAACCGAAGUUGAAUGAACCAAUAUCAAGAGACCACAUAUCACUGAAUGCAGCUUUGGGAAGCUUGAAUAAUCUUUCUGAACUACAUAUAACAUAUCAACUAAGAAAAAUUGGGGUAAAUUAUAGGAGAGAUCAAUUUCAAUUUACCAACAAUGAUUCUAAAAAUCUUGCUCGAGGUCUGGAAAAGAUAAGCAGUUUAAAGAUAUUAAGAAUCACUAGGACAGAUAUGACAUGUCAGCGUGUAAAAUAUAUCCUAAGAGGGUUAAGUGAUAGUCAGAAAUUGGAAACAUUAGACUUCAGACAUUGCAAAAUCGGAGAUGAAGGGAUGGCAUCCAUAGGAAAGUUUAUUUCAAAACACGAAAAUUUACGUCAUCUAUUAAUAUGUGAUAAUUUAUUUGGUCCUACAGGAGCAGAAAGUAUUUCUCAUGCUCUGACUCAUUCUAGCUGUGGUAUACGUAGCUUGGACUUGAGAUUGAAUACCAAACUCGGUUCUGAGGGUAUUGCAUACAUAGCUGUGGCGUUAGCAAGAGGGUGCAAUCUGACAUCCUUGAAUAUUUCUGGUUGUGGUAUCAAAUCAACGCCUUUAGUAAAAGUGUGGUCAGCGACUAGUGCUGAAAACCCUCCGACGUGUGGAGAUUUAUUGGCUAGAUCUAUAGGUCUCGCCAAAACUCCACUCAGAUCUUUGGACAUCAGUGUAAAUGAUAUUGGAUCUCCUAGUGACAAUGCCAUAGCAAAUGCUAUUUGUCUUAGCUAUUUAGUUGAUGUUAACCUAAAAAGAUCGGGAAUGAGUUCUCUGGCUAUGGCUAUAGCUGAGUCAGCAGCUUCAGCGCAAAGACUUCGACGGGAAGCGGAAAAAGGAAUAAGAUUCCGUAGAAGUGCUGGAAGACUGGUUCACGCUCAAAGAGUAGCGAAAGGAAUGAAUAUUAAUACAGAUCCUGUUCUCCUGGCUCAGCAGCUAUCAGCUAGACCGUCCAUUGUGUCCGUUACAUCAGAAGAUGGGAUUUACUGUUUGCAAACUCAGCCAUUACCAUCUGAUUUCGGAUUUGUGCCUUCAUUAAAAAGCCCGUUGCCUUCUUCUCGUGAUUCCUCAAUCACUGGUCCGCCAACUUCUAGAAGAUCAAGCCAUCAUGUUAUUUUGGAUCCUGUUAUGGAAAUACGUCGAAGUGCCUUAGUACGCAGAGGUUCGGACGGGUCACUUCUGCAGUCUCGUGGCACUAAUACCCAAAGACAUAUCAAAAUAUUUGUUUCUGAUAGCAAUACCGAUUCAGAUUAAGUAAAUUAAAACAUACCUUUACCUAUUCUAGAAUACCUAAUUAUUUUAUUUAUUCACUUUGACACCGAAAAAUUAUAUAGUUAGUUUAUAUAUAUAUUUUUGGUCAGUGUGUCAUU